AGUGGUCGAUUUCUUUUAUUAAAUAAAGCGCCAUUUUGGAUAGCUUAUAUUCGAAAAAUCGAAUACUAGAAAAUAUUUUGGUGACAAACAACCCAAAAAUAAUUUUUCACAUUAGUUCAUCAUGGACUAACGAGGUGUGACAUUGCAACCGGCACAGAGAGCAACUUUUAUGCAGAAUCAAACUUUUAUUUCAAAUUCGAACUAGAGAAACGGCUGAAACUCGAAUUUUGCCCACCUCUAAGUAGCUUCGAUUUGGAUCAACUUCGGCGUUCACGAUAGUGUAAAGCACAGGCAUGGAGCAGCCUGUGCCUUCAAACAUGGUGAUGCCUCCAAAGGCCACUCCUGCUUCAGACAUGCAGGUUCAUCCCACUGCACAACCCACACCUGUUUCUACAUCACCCAAGCCAGUCAAUUUGUCACCUGUGAAGCACUCUGAAUCAGGCCAUCAGAACAACUCGUCUACAAACAAUGGCUCCGUCAGCAACCACACAAAGACGGCGGUGCCGCCUCUCACGGCGCUGUCGUCCAUGGGUGCUGCCGCCAAGCCGGCCGGGCCCGCCGAGACGACAACGCCCAGCGCUGCAGCAGCCCCGGCGGCAGCGGCGGCGUCCGCGGCUCCGGCUGCCGCGGCCGCGCCCUCCGUCACCGCUCCGGCCGCCUCCGCGUCGCCCGUGAAGUCCACCGAGACAGCUAAGGCGCCAGAGCCCAAGAAACCACCAGGGGCCGUGCCGCCUCUGAAGCCAGUGAGUCAGGACAAGCCGCCCUCGGCUCCUGCGGCGGCCACUACCGCUGCCCCCAGCGGGGCGCCGGUGGUGAACCGACCACCGGCCGCCCCGAGCACUUCCCCCGCCAAAGGCCCGACUCCGGCGGCGGCGGGCUCCAACAGCACGCCGGCACCGGCUGCGGCUCCGGCACCGGCACCAGCUGCCGCGCCGGCUCCGGCUCCGGCCACCACUGCCGCCUCGACUCCGGCUCCGGCCGCUGCCGCCGCUUCGACUCCGGCUCCGGUCACAACUACCGCCCCCGCCCCGGCCCCGGCCGCCGCUGCUGGCCCUUCUCCUGCGGCCGCUGAUGCCUCCAAGGCGCAGCCCAAACCGGCGACCAAGCCCGAGGCUAAGCCUGAAGCCAAGCCCGAAUCCAAGACAGAUAAGCCAGACGCCAAGGUGGAGACGGUGGCAUCAAAUGCUGAAAAGGUUGAAGCCAAACCAGCGGGCGAGAAACCGGCUGCCAAGACAGAUAAGGGUGAAGUGAAGGGGGAUAAAAGCGAUUCUAAGGCUGAGAAACCUGAAGCGAAGGCGGAGAAAGUUGAUACUAAGGCAACGAAACCUGACCCAAAAGCUGACAAAUCACAACCAAAGGAAGAAAAGUCGGAUGCCAAGCCAGACAAAUUAGAAGCAAAGGCAGAUAAGCCAGAAGCCAAGACCGACAAGGCAGAAUCAAAGGCUGACAAGUCAGGUACAAACGCAGAAAAGCCAGAAACAAAGAGUGACAAAACAGAAACAAAGCCAGGCAAGGCAGAAGCAAAGUCAGAAAAGCCUGGCGCCAAGUCUACUGAAAAACCAGCCGCGACCGCCGCCUCUCCAGCCACCCCGAAAAAGGACGGAUCGCCGGAGAAGCCCAAGCGCGCCGCCGUACCUCUGGCCGAGAAAACACCUCGGCCGCAGAAGAGGAAGGAGGCACUGGACGCGCAGGCGGCCAGCAGCGAGCGGCGCCCCAAGCGCGCCAGGGUGCCCACCCAGCCGUUCCAGUCGCCCGUGCCGGAGUUCGAGGCCAUCCCCAAGGCGCUCAAGCCCACACCAACCAAACAGCCAGAGGAGAAACUCAUCAUCUUCUUCAAGAACGAGUUUCUGGCGGUCCGGAACGAGGAGGGCAGCUUCUUCGUGUGCCAGGCCGUGCAGAACGUCUACAAGGGCAGCAAAAAGAUCAAAGUGCGGUGGAUGGCCGCCAACGGACGCGUCUACUCGCCCGACUUUUACGACACGAUCGACUUUGAGAGCAUCCUGACCACGCUGGAGAUGAAGCGUCUGGGCCGUGACCGGCACGAGCUGAGCGCCGAGGAGGUGGCGCGCACCGACCACAUCCUGCAGCGAGCGCUGACCCUGGAGCAGGACGGCUCGGACCCGGCCGGCGCCGCCGGACUCACCGAGGACCACCCCGACGGCCUUGAUUUGUCGCUCUACAACGACGAGUCGCAGCUGGACAAGAGGAAGUCGGACGGCGCCGCGCCGGUGAAGGCGGCCGCCGCGCCCAAACCCCGCACCCCGCGGGCGCCCAAGCCCAAGAAGGGCGGUCGGAAAGCCAAGAAGGCGGCGGCGGCGGCGGCGGCCAAGCGGCGGGCGCCGGCGCCGGCCUCUGCCCCGGCGGCAAAGAAGGCUCGCACCGCGGCGGCAGCGCCGCCGCCCGCGCCCGCCAAGAAGGCCCCCGAACCCAAACAAACCGCCAAGGACAAAAAGGUCGAGAAGCGACCGCCGCCGACCAAGCGGGGCGCCCCGCCAGCCCGGUCGGCACCGAGCAGCCGUCGCUCCGCGCCGGCCCCCGAGAAGCCGGGCCGCUCGAGCGCGCGCAAGGCAGCCAAGUAACGGGCGUCGCAACCCACACCUGCACCGCCCACAUCGUGUACAAAGGACAGAGACGACGGCAGUGCGCUCGCGCGCGCGCGCCGCACGAUAGCGGCGGCGUUGGCGGGACGUCGGCGCGCUGAGCGCGGGGCGCGCCCGCCCCGACUGCGGCGCGUCUCAUCCCACACUGACACACAGUACGCGGACACACAGGCAUACACACAUAUACACUAUUCCAGGUAGGCUGCGUGCGGUUUGCGCUUGAUCGCCGGUAGUGGUUAGUCGGCCGGGCACGGGACUGAGGACGGCGGAGCGGUCGGCCGGGUGACGCGCCUGACAGGAGCGACCCGGUGCAGUGCCACGCACAGCGCGCUGGAGCCGCGCACCCGCCCGCCGCGCCGGGUGUGUUUUUUAAGGUGCGCGCGCGCGCGUCGGACCGCCUCGGCCGCAGCAAUGAACUGAGAGACCUCUGUAUAUACCGUCAUCCGAAGUGUUGGUGUUGUGUUAUGCACGUCUGGUGUCUCGUUGUUCUCAUAGAUGAACGUCCGGUGGCGCCGUGUGCGCUCCGCCGCGGAAAUUUUGUGUGCUUGGUUGGCGUCGGCGCGCGUCUGUGGAGCGGUGUGUGGUGCUCGUGUGUUCUCUGCUACGUUUGCGGUCAGUGGCCAGCCGCGGCCGGGUGCCGGAGGGGCCGCCGGCCUGUGGCGGCCGGCCGGCCGGCACCCUCACUGCGAUCGCCGGUCGGCCCACAGCCGACGGUGGCCUAUGCGAUCCAGCACAUGAGUUCUCGAUUCGGCAGCGGCGCCCUUUGCAAAUUCGGCCCGGGCCGUGCGCCAUACCUGUGUCCGGUUUUGUCUCAAUAUAGGUUCGGAUGGAAGCUGGAGCUCUGGAGCGGCCGGCCGCGUGCGUUGCUGGAUCAGAGUCCGAUCGACCACCGUCCUGGACAGGCUGAUAUGAUUAUUUUCUCACCGAGAGCGGACUUCUGUUACCGACGGUGACGAUUGCCUCGUGACGAGCUCUAAUCACUGGACGCUCGAAUAGGUUUGGCAUUGAAUUUAAUUAGGCUUGCUAUUGUUAUUUUAACGAUGCAACUGAUCGUGGCGCAUGCUUCAUAUGGACUGUGUCAUUAGAUUUAGUCGAUCGACAGGUCUAUAUCCCCCACCAAUAAAUUUUAGAGUGAA